AUGCGAAAUUUUAUAAUCCUGUGUGCUCUCUGGCAGUACAGCGUUGCAGUAAAACUUCAUAUUUGCUACUUUAAUGAUGGUCCGGGGUCAAAAUACGAGAAUUACGAUGGUCAAAACCACGCAGCCAUUGUCUACUAUAACAAAACGCUACAUAGUUAUAACCCUUGGGUUGUGGGGAGCACUACUUACGAUGUUCAAUUUCGACACGUAGGUUCAGGUUACCUAGAAGGCGGAAACGGUGCGGCGGUGCCUGUUGUUGGCGAUGGCGACGAGAACAAGGCAAUCUAUAAUGAGGAGAUACAAGAGGAAUAUUUAUUGCGAGCCCUGGAAGCAUCUGAAACCAACGAAGAUUGCGACGUAUUUAUUACAGGCUCAACAUCAUAUAGAGGCAAACGCUUCCGCGAUAUGAUGUUCAAUGCCACACUAAGAAGGAACACUGCCACAAGGAUAGGAAUCGCACCGUUGCGGAAGGAAAUAAUAAGUGUACCUGUGUUGGCACCAACAAGCUCCGACUUUUCUUUAUAUAACUCAACAGUAUAUCCUAACUUCUACAGCACGUAUCCUGUGAAUACAAAUGCAAUAUCAGGGAUACUCGACAAUUUAUAUGACACUCACGGCUUCCGCACAGUCGCAUUCUUGUAUGAGGAUGAUACUUCGGUUGGUGGCCUAUACCGGAGGUCUUUUUACGCCUACCUGGAAUCGAACUCCUCUCGCAACUGGACGGUCUUAGCCGAUGCUACUACACCCAGUGGCCUGUUCGACGGCGACACUGACGACAACAAGGCCAACGACUUUUACGACAAGUUUGUUGAUGAUGUUUACGAAAACGCACAGCGAGCCGAGCCCCAUGAUCCAUCACCAGAUGUCCUCGUCUACGCGGUCGAUGCCAUUGAAGGAUCGCCUGACGUAACGCUCAAACAUCUUCACGAGCUGAGUUUCGGUCCAAAGGUUAUUCUCAUCUCGUCCGCAAUUCCUAGUGCGCAGCGGGCGGCAAUUGCUGACACCAAGUUAUAUCGAGGUCUUAUCAUCAACGAUGCCUUCACCUCCACAAAUGAUGUGUCUGACGCCAAGCCAAUAGCAGGUUUCCUCGGAGAGAAAAAAGCGCUGGUUCAGCAGUAUGAUGAAACCAACAUCUACCGUGAUGAAGGCCUUGAGCUUAAUUUCCUAUCAGGGUCUACCUUGAUCGCGGUGCAGAAUAUCCAAAUGGCAACUGUCCGGGGGAACUGCGAUACUACUAGCAACGACUUCGUAGAAUGCUUCAGACGAGGCAUAUACGCCUCAUGUGCCGAUAUAGGGGCACCUAAUCAAACACAGUGCAAUGCACUGGGGAGUGAACACUUGGAUGUUGAGACAUGGUUUGGAAGUGCAACCUUCGUCAACAAUCAGGCCAACAGGGAGUUUGUCUUCUCAAUAUUAAGCGACAAUGGCGCCUACGAGGCCAUCGAGUCCACUGACGUGAACCCUGAGAGACCGGCCGGUUUUCCUGACCGCCAUGACGAGGUACAGAGCAGCACUUGGCGCAUCAUUAUCGGGGUCCUGUGCAGUUUGGCAAUCAUCGGAUGCUUGGUCGGAUUAGUAUGCGUGAACAAAACGAGCGAGUACCUCAUUAUCCAGUCCAGUGCGGAAAUGUUUUUACAAAUCAUCCUCGGCGGAGGGAUACUACUGUACGCCUCAAUGCUGUGGCUUAUUGUGGAGAUUAGCGACACUACUUGUAACGGAUUCGUAUGGUUUAUGUACAUGGGCUGGUCCAUGUGUUUCACCGGGUUGCUCGUCAAAACGCAUCGGGUGGAUGAGGUCUUCAAGGUCGCUCGAAAAGCCCAUUUGCACGACCUGGCACUGCUAAAGUACAUGUACACACCCAUUGUGGUGUGCUUCUUUUUAUAUUUGAUAUUCUGGACCAUCUUCGAUGGCAUGAGCGCCAUUCAGGAGAAGGCCGGCCAUGUAACAUAUCUAGCCUGUAAUCUAAAUUCCACCGGUAUGUACGUAGGGUAUAUAAUGCAGGGUGCACUCCUCAUCUGGGCCGUAGUCCUGGCGUUCAGAGUCAGGAAUGUUCCGUCAACAUUCAACGAGUCGGCGCUACUGUCGGCUAGUGUAUACAAUUGGGUGGUGAUACAAACGAUCCUGUGGACGCUAGCCCACAUCAUGACACACGACAAAGACACUCAGCUUAUUAUGAUAUUCUUGUUCGUGUAUCUGCCCGUGACUAUCACGCUCUUGCUGCUCAUGGCUCCCAAGGCCCACGCUAUUCUUCAGGGCGAGGGAAAUAAGGUGAACUCCCGCCCGGCGAACAGCUGUGCAUUCCGUAACACCAACCAAGGCCCUGUGGCAUCGAGCAAAGGCUGCAAGUCGGAGAAGGGCAGACCUGACGCGGCCAAGAACGAGUAUGAUGCUGACAUCAGGAAGCUAAGAGGCGAAGUAGGUCGGCUAAUUGCCGACAACGUAAAGCUUGGCGGCGCACUGCGUGUGAUACAAAAUCCACAUGUUGAACAGCCGAACGAUGUGACUGGACUCGUUGAAAAUGACCUUGAGAGCUUCCGGCGCCUGAACGCUGCUCAGCAUGGGCCGCAUGUUGCACCGGAAUUUACACGUUCUGUUUUGAUUGAGUAA